AUGGACGCCUCCUCCCUCCGCAUCUCCAAGUUCGAUGGAACUAACUUCCACGCCUGGAAGUUCAAGAUGCAGAUGGUGCUGGAGGAACGGGACCUAUGGGAGGUCGUCAGCGGUGAGAUCAAGGCGGAACAGUGCGAGACUCAGUUGGACCAAGCGACGUACAAGAGGAAGUCAAGAAAGGCGAUGGCAGUGAUCUGUCUAGCCAUGGAAGAUUCCCAGCUACCGUUGGUCCGGUCGGCAAGUGGUGCAUGCGACGCAUGGUCAAGGUUGGAAGACCACUUCGAGAAGAAGAGUCUUGCCAACAAGCUGUUCUUGCGCCGUCGCUUCUUCACGACAAUGAUGGAAGAAGGCGACGAUGUACUCGAACACAUCAACAAGCUCAAGACGCUGGCGGAACAGCUAGAAGCGGUGGGGGCUCCAGUCUGCGAGGACGAUCUGGUGAUCACACUCCUCGGCAGCCUGAGUGACUCGUAUCAAUUCUUGAUCACAGCUUUGGAGUCGCGCUCAGACACUCUUAGCUGGGAGCUCGUGACGUCUCGACUGCUUCAUGAAGAAAUGAAGCGGAAGGAGCAAGGAAGUAAAGGUGAUGAAGCUUCGCAAGGUCAAGCGUUCAUCACAAGGGACAAUCAGCGCAAAGGGCGACCAGUGAAGAAGUCCUGGCCGUGCCACAAUUGCGGAAAGAUUGGUCACUGGAUGGCGGAGUGCCCCUCGCGCAUCCAAGAAAACACGGAGAGACACCGGCCACAGCGUGCUCAAGACAGCGGCGAAGUUCAUGGAAUACGCUGCGAUGGCCGAAACGCAAACCGGAAAGCGCGUGAAGUACCUUCAAAGCGACAAUGGGGGUGA